GCCACCUACCCAGGGACCAGGGAUUGGAGCUAGCUGCCGCAGACAGACCACCAGGUGGGCAGGGUCAGUGCCCGUGUGGCCCCCUCUCUGGGGAUCGGGGAGAUACGCUAAAGGCAGGGGCUGAGGAUUCGCUCACUGCCCACGGCCGGCUGAGCAGGGACAGGAGAAUGAGAGGCCUCCGCUGGCGUUACACUCGGCUGCCCAGCCAGGUGGAGGACACCCUGUCUGGGGAGGAGGGUAACGAAGAGGAAGAGGAGGAGGAGGCAGCUCCAGACCCAGCUGCUGCUCCUGAGGAUCCCACGGUGCCCCAGCUGACAGAAGCCAGCCAGGUUUUGAGUGCCUCGGAGAUUCGGCAGCUCAGCUUUCACUUCCCACCAAGAGUCACCGGCCAUCCCUGGAGUCUGGUCUUCUGCACGUCAAGGGACGGUUUCAGCCUGCAGAGCCUGUACCGGCGGAUGGAGGGCUGCAGCGGGCCAGUGCUGCUGGUGCUCAGGGACCAGGACGGGCAGAUAUUUGGAGCCUUCUCCUCCUCGGCUAUCCGACUCAGCAAAGGCUUCUAUGGUACUGGCGAGACAUUCCUCUUCUCCUUCUCCCCACAGCUGAAGGUCUUUAAGUGGACUGGAAGCAACUCUUUCUUUGUGAAGGGAGACUUGGAUUCACUGAUGAUGGGCAGUGGCAGUGGCCGGUUUGGGCUGUGGUUGGAUGGAGACUUGUUUCGCGGGGGAAGCUCCCCUUGCCCGACCUUCAACAACGAGGUGCUGGCCCGGCAGGAGCAGUUCUGCAUCCAGGAGCUGGAGGCUUGGCUUCUCAGCUGACAGCCCUGCGGCAACAGGUACUUAGCCCUGCUCAUGAUGCCACCCAGGCCUUCCUGACACACGGCAGCCUGUGCUGUUCGAAA